AUGGCUGCACCAGGCGCCGGCACCGGCGGCCGGCGCGCCUCCAGCUCGCGAGCCCGCCGCGCGUCCGCCGCGGCGGCGGAGUCUAAUGAGAACGAAGACCUUGCCGCCGCGUCCUCUUCCUCGUUCGCCCUCGCCCCCGCUCCGCAUUUCUCGCUGCCCCCGAGGUCGCCGCUCGCGGCCAUCGCGGAUCCCGGGCGGAACCCUCGGUCCGCGCCGGCGACGCCCAAGUCGCUGGCCAGCACGCCCAGGGCCUCCGCGGCGGGGUCGGGGGCCAGGGACCGGACCUCAUCGGUUGGGGCGGCGAAGAGGGUGUUCGAUCUGAGGGAUGUCGCGGCCGCGGAGGUGCCCCUCGAGGUGCCGCACUUCGAGCUCGACGAGGACCCCGCGUUCUGGAAGGAUCGCAAUGUGCAGGUUUUGAUACGGAUAAGACCAAUUAGUGAUGCCGAGAAUGCUACUCAUGGUCAGAAAAGGUGCUUGCUGCAGGAUAGCUCAAAGACAUUGAGCUGGACAGGACAUCCGGAAACCAUGUUCACGUUUGACCAUGUUGCAUGCGAAACAAUAUCACAGGAAAAGCUAUUCAGAGUUGUGGGUCUGCCAAUGGUGGAGAACUGCAUGUCAGGAUACAAUGGUUGUCUGUUUGCCUAUGGUCAGACGGGAAGUGGGAAAACUUACACAAUGAUGGGAGAACUUACAAAGUUGGGCAAUGAGCUUAGUAAGGAUGCUGGCUUGACACCUCGCAUUUUUGAAUAUCUUUUUCGACGGAUAAAUGAGGAAGAAGAGCGCCGGAGAGAAGAAAAGCUUAAAUAUAUUUGCAAAUGCUCUUUUCUAGAGAUUUACAAUGAACAAAUAACUGAUCUACUUGAACCCUCGUCAACCAAUCUUCAGAUCCGUGAAGAUAUAAAGAAAGGUGUAUAUGUUGAAAAUCUAAUGGAAUGUUAUGUGUCAUCUGUUGAAGAUGCUAUGCUGCUAUUGCUACAGGGGGUUGCAAACAGGAAAAUGGCUGCCACAAAUAUGAACAGCGAGAGCAGCCGCUCACAUAGUGUUUUUACUUGUGUAAUUGAGAGUCAUUGGGAAAGUGAUUCGAUGACACACCUCCGAUUUGGGAGGUUGAAUUUAGUUGAUCUUGCCGGUUCUGAGAGGCAGAAAAGCUCAGGUGCCGAAGGAGAACGUUUGAAAGAAGCUGCAAACAUUAAUAGAUCGCUGUCAACCCUUGGGCUUGUUAUUAUGACUCUAGUGGAUGUUGCAAAUGGGAGAAGCCGUCAUGUUCCUUAUAGAGAUUCAAGGCUUACAUUUCUCCUUCAGGAUUCACUAGGAGGGAACUCUAAAACAACAAUUGUUUCCAAUGUCAGCCCAUCUAUUUGUUCUUCCAGUGAGACAUUGAGUACCUUGAAGUUUGCCCAACGUGCAAAGCUGAUUCAAAAUAAUGCAAAAGUAAAUGAAGACGCUUCAGGAGAUGUUAUGGCUUUACAAAGGCAGAUAGAGGAACUAAAGGAUCAACUGACAUGCUUGAAGAAGCAAAAAGAUUGUCCUGGAUCACCUAGCUUGUUGCUUAAUUCAGACUUUGCCAAUGAAUUCAAAACUUCAUGUGGAGUAGAUGAUCAACUAGACUGUGAUCUGAAUAUCCUAAAGCAAAAGGUUAGCCAUCUAGAACAUGUCUUGGCUGGGAGCCUCAGGAGAGAGAAAUCAGCGGAGACCAAGAUUGGGAAGCUGGAAGCAGAAAUACAGCACUUGAACCGUUUGGUCAACCUGAUUGAGUCUGACGCACAGCGCUUGAGGAAGAGGCUCGAACUUCGUGGUGAAAAACAAAGAUUACACUCGAUUGGUGAAAAUGCUGCAUUAUCCCAGGAGAUUCAGUUGUUGCAAGAACAAAUCAAUGAAAAUCCUCAAUUGACUCACUUCGCGUUGGAAAACAAGAGAUUGAUUGAGGAACUUACAACGCUUCAGAACUUCUACAAGCAAGGGGAAAGAGAGAUGUUAUUGACAGAGAUAUCUCUUUUGCGGAAUCAUUUCCUUCAUAUCCUUGAGCAUAAAUACGCAGCAGCUCCUAAAAAUGUAGAAGCUCAGGGUGAUGAGCUCAUCAAGGAGCUUGACAAUUGCAGGAAGGAACUGGAUGCAUGCUUAGAAAACAAUGUUCUGUUAGCUCGUGAAGUAAAUAAGCUUCGCUGUGAACUGAUACAAUACCAGAAGCCCUGCACAAAUCAAGUUGCUCCUGAGGAAAAGGAGAAUGUUGUGGCCACAAGCAUCAACACAGUGCAAAAUGAUCAAGACAAGCAGAAUUUUUCAUAUUUGUCAUCAGAUGAUGUUAACAAGCAGUUCAUGCAAGCAGGGAUCACAACUAAUAUUUCAGAAUCAUUCCAACUUGAAUUACCUUAUGAAAUUGACAGUGAAGAUCCGGAGUCUCCUCAUUUGCAUGAUCCAGAAACACACGACUUUAGGGAUCCUACAACAGCGUCGGAGUAUGAUGGUGUAUUGUCUGAGUGCUUCAACUUAGCUAUGGGGUCUUCACAUGAUGUACUUGACAAAAGCACUAUUCUGACUGAGCUGAAUUUUCUAGAGAAGGAUGACGCUUAUCAUGUCCAUGAAAAAGCUCCAAUGAGGGGUGUACAUUUGCAUGAUGAGACUUUAUUGUGCCAAGAGAUUGAAAUAGUGAACUCAAGUAAACAUCUAUCACAGGAUGAAUUGGAAAACCUUAAAAGAACAAAUCAAGAGCUCAAAGAGAAGCUGUUUAUUAUGGCUGAAGAAAGUAAUAAGCUUUCAGAGAUUAUUGUUGCAAAAGAUGUAGAAAUUGCUUCUUUAUCAGAAGAAUGGGAGGCUGCAAUUUUUUAUCUAACAAGCUUCUUAACAGAUGGAUGUAGAUCACUGGAUGAUGCAUAUCAGAACAUUGAUAAUAUGAUUAGCUCAUUUCCUCACAGUAACAGUUCUGUAAGUGAACAUGUGGAGAAGGCUAUGAAAAUUAGCAUUGAGAAAGAAAAGAUGAUAUUCAAACUUCAAAAUGAACUACAAACUGCGCAGAAAAUUGGCAGGGAAGUGAAGGAAAAGCUGCAUAUUUUAAGAGGUGCAACUCUUGCUAUAACUGAAGCUCAGCAGUUGGAUAAUGAAGAAAGCUCUCAGGAAGAACUACAGCUAGUAGGUUUAUUGCACCAAAAGGAUUGUAUAAUACAAGAACUAAAGAACAAUUUGAAAGCAGAAAAUUGUGUCUUUGCAGAAAGAGUAAAAGGACAUUCUCGUGAUGACCUAGUGUUGCCUGAUAGUUCAGUUGACAUGAUUGAGGAAUUGCCUCGUGAUGAAAAUCAACCAGCAGCUAGUCAAGCUAAUCCAGAUUACCAGUCAAAGCUUGAUAGUGUGAUGCAUCUUGUCGAAGACAAAUCAAAUAAGGUUCUGACCUUAUUUUCAAAUUUUGAGGCAGCUCAAGAAACCAUGGAAGAGGCUGAACUUAUGCUUUCAGCUUUGUUGAAGGCCAAUGAAGAAUUAAAACUUGAGAGAGAUAAUUGCAGGCAAGCUGUGGAAUUGUUGUUGUCUGAGAAAAGUUCUCUGAUCGGUGACUUGAAGGAACUUGAAGCAUCAAGCUCUUGUUCAUCCCAGAAAUAUGACAAAUUGCAUCAACAGAUAAAUGAGUGCGUUUCAGAGAUGACAAAGCUUGCUGCUAUAAUAAGGAAGUCGUUUCAGCAAAUUCAAAGUUUUUCCAUGGUAGAACUCUUCGCUCUUUGCUCAGAGAUUAUUACUUUUGGCCAAGACUUGAAAGGAUGUAUAAUUGAUUCAAGGUCAUAUAUAGCGAACAUGGUAUCACUUAUAGAAGAAAAAGGCAGAUCUACAGAGCAGUUCCAUCACCUAAAUGCAAAUGCUCGUGGGUCUGCUUGCCAACAGGUAGAUUCACAUUCAUGCCAGUGGGGUAGCAGCAAACCUCCUCAAUCUGAUUAUAGUGCAGAAUAUGCAUCACUCAGAAGAGAAUUUGACAGGAAGAGCAAUGUUGUAGAAGGAUUGUCUUUUGAUCUUAAACUACUGCAAGAGUCUACCUCAAACGCAAAAGAUAUGAAAGAUAAAGCUGAUGAAAUAUCUACUGCCCUUAGCAAUGUUCAAAGAGAACUAGAUAUGAAAACUUCUACAAUAGAAACCAUGUUGAAAAAACAAAAGGUACUUGAGGAAGAACUGGCUGAAAAUGGUGCCAGACUCAUUAUUUUAAGAUCAGAGUUAGAGCAUUCCCAAAGUUUAUCAUCAGCGUUAUUGAAGGAGAACAAAGGUCUGAGAGUGAUGUUGGAAGAUGAAACUGUGAAGAAUAGUGAAACAAAAGUGCUGUUGGAAGAAAAAGUUAAGGUCAUAGAGGGAUUGGAGAGCCAAAUACUAUUGCUAAAUCGUUCUGAAGUGGGGCGGUUGAUGUCAGAUAUUGAAGAAUUAAAUAAUAGCAUUAAAAUAAUGAGUAGUGACAGAGAAAAUCUCCAGGCAGAGAUAUUUAAGUUAAGGGACAAGCUUGAGAUGGCAAUGGCUUUAGCUGAGGAAAAUGAAGCUGCUGCUAUUGAAGCUCGUCAAACUGCAGAGAUUAGUAAAAUCUAUGCUGAGGAAAAAGAGGAGGAGGUUAAGAUUCUUGAACGAUCUGUCGAGGAACUUGAAGGAACAGUGACUGUUCUUGAGGAAGAGGUAUGCAACCUUAAAGAGGAAGUAAGGAGCCAUCAAGUACAUAAACUAUCUGAAGCCCACUUUCAAGCUUUUGAUGGCAUGCUUGCUGUAGAAAAAGCAUCAAAAUGUGAUGCUGCUGAGGAAUCGUGUCAAGGGAAAUGUCAUCUAGAAAAGAGAUUGCAAGCUGAGAUUCUUGCACAUCAAGAUGUCAGAAAGAAGAUUGAAGGUCUCAAAUUGGAAGCAAAGCGUAAAGAUGAUGAGAUUGGGCAAUACAUAGAGCAUAUUGCUGAGUUGGUCCUGCAUUCAGAAGCACAGUCUUUGUUGUUUCAGGAGAAGUACCAUGAAAUGGAGCACAUGGUUUCUAGACAGAAGUUUGGUCCGCAUGAAUCUAGUUCUGAGACUGUCCAUGCCAAAACUGAAAAGCCUUCAGGGCGAGCAAGAGGAUCCAGCUCCCCUUUCCGGUGCAUAUCUAGCAUUAUUCAACAAAUGAACUCUGAGAAGGAUCAAGAAAUCUCGGUGGCACGCCAACGAAUUGAAGAACUGGAAGGUUUGGUUAGUUGCAAACAGAAAGAGAUAUGGUUGCUAACAUCAAGACUAGCUGCUGUGGAUACCAUGACACAUGAUAUUAUAAGAGAACUACUUGGUGUCAAACUAGACAUGACAAACUAUGCUAAUUUGGUUGACCAAGAAGAGGUGCAAAAGUUGCUGAUAGCAUCCCAGCAACAAAUUGAACAAUCAAAGGCGAAGGACACAGAACUUGAAGCGUUGAAAGAACAGCUUGGUCUUCUCAUUCUGGAAAGGGACAGCUUGCUUGAUGACAUGGACCAAAGAAAGACGGACCUAUUAGAGGCCCAACUGCUCGUUGAACAGCUUGAGCAACGGGAGCAGAUGCUGGAAGCACAGAUUGAAAUGUUACAGUUGGAGAAAGACAACCUUCAACAGAAGACCAUGGAGAUGGACGAGACAAUUGAACUUCUAGCCAGAUCAAACCAACAAGAUAUAAAUCCAAGAAUGGUGAAGGAGGGCCAGCUUCAGCGGCCUGCGGCGGCCGAGCUUCGUGCCGCGAAAGCGGACCAGCUGGAACCGGUCGCUCUCCAUCAGUUUUUAGCUAACAAAUGUUUUGAAUACAGAGGGAGAGAGAGUAUUUUUGUCGCACCCGGUGCAAGUCUUCAACAGAAACCCUGUGGAGCACUGAAACGACCACCCAAACCUAGCAACCUAGUGAAGAAACAUCAGGGUGGCCCUCCCGAUUUUAGCAAGGAGAAGGCGUAUUUUGAAGAGGUCGAUGCUUUUGAUCUCAUGGAAGAAAGUCCUUCUCCUAAGUACUUUGCCUCGUGGAACAAAGGGAUGGAGGAGAAUGUCAUAAUUCAUGAUCUGCCUGCAAUUUUGGAGAGGUGGAAAAUUUCCAGUCUUGCAAGACGUGCGUCAUCCGAGCCCUUGUUUGACAUUAUGGAGACGCCAAUCUUACCAUCAGUCCUCAGUAACAACAGUACAACUAACAGAGGGUCAGGGACAUACACCGCUGGAAGGGCAAUCCCUGUAGGCUACACUGAUAUCAGUUUAAAGAGCAGUGAAAAAGACAGCCUGAUUACAUCAUUCGGUAAAGUGAACAUUAAGGAGGAGCCUGUUGAAGCUAGCAUUCCAUGGAAUGGUGAAGCUCUGAGUGCUUUUGACCAGCUCCUCAUGGUUUGCAGACAGUCUGCACCAGUUACCCUGGCAGAAGUAUUCUCUGCUUAUUGUGAGCUAGGCAGCAUCAAGAAGCUUGGUGAAGGGACCUAUGGGGAGGCCUACAGGGCUGGAAGAACGGUGUGCAAAGUGGUACCUUUUGACGGAGACUUGUUAGUCAAUGGAGAAACCCAAAAGAGAUCGGAAGAAAUACUUGAGGAAGUCUUACUUUCUCUAACGCUUAAUAAUCUGAGAGCAAAUCAGGGUGAUGAUGUUAAAACAAAUUCAUGCAAUGGUUUCAUUGAGACAAAAGACUUUCGGGUCUGUCAAGGACCCUAUGACCCUUCUCUGAUUCGUGCCUGGGAAGACUAUGAUGCGGAACGUGGAUCUGAAAAUGACCAUCCAAAGGAGUUUACAAGGGAACAGUGCUACAUUGUCUUUGUGCUAGCUGAUGGUGGCACUGAUCUUGAAAGUUUCGCUCUAGUUGACUAUAAAGAGGCUCACAGUUUACUAGUUCAGGUUACUGCUUCCUUAGCAGUAGCUGAAAGUGCUUGUGAAUUUGAACAUCGAGAUUUGCACUGGGGUAACAUUCUUUUGGCUCAAGAUGAAACUCCAGACACAAAUCAUACAAUGAGCUUCACUCUUCAAGGGAAGAGGAUGCAUGCAAGAACUUUUGGUCUGAAUAUUUCCAUAAUUGACUUCACUCUUUCUCGGAUCAACACAGGGACUGCCAUUCUUUUCCUUGACCUGUCUGCGGACCCUGCAUUAUUUCAAGGGAAAAAGGGAGAUAAGCAGGCAGAAACAUAUCGAAGAAUGAAACAGAUCACCCAGGAACGCUGGGAGGGCAGCUUCCCGAAGACAAACGUGGUGUGGUUAAUCUACCUUGUAGAUAUGGUGCUACAGAAGCUGAAACCACUUGCUUCUGGAAACAAAAUCGAGCGGGAGCUUCGCUCGUUCAAGAAACGCCUGGCGUCUUACGAGUCCGCUGGAGAUUGUCUGGGCGAUCCCUUCUUUGCUGAUGUCUUGAUGACCGAGGAUGACGAGCUCCCUUCAAUGCCUCCUCUGUAG